GCUAUCCAUGUGUUAAAUUGACGUGUCAUAUAUUUUGCUGUUUGCUGUUUGUCAGUCGCAAAGCUAACCAACCACUUCCGUUCAGCGGAAUGUUGUUACCGUUGCCGUGGCAACAUGGAGCCACGCUUCUUCGUCUUGGGAGAAACCGAUGUGAAGCAGUGUGUACCACAAUGCCCAAAAAGAAGAAGGAGAAAGCGCAGAAGCAGGCGGAGGCUGUGCUGGAUCCAGAGGCGGAGCUGCCUCCACCCCCAGCUGAGACAGAGAGAGAGGCCCAGCUGCGCAGAGAGUACGAUGAGCUGACAGACAAUCUCAACCACCUGAAGAGGAGAGUGGAACAACUCCGAUGUGAGAAUGACCUGCUCCAGAGUGAGGCUGAUAGAAUGCGCGUGGACACCAGGGAGUACACAGCUUACAUUUCCCAGAGGACCCAGAAGCGGCAGAGCGCCAUCACCACGCUGAACGAGCACAACCAGCAGGAGCUGCAGAAGCUCUGUGGUCAGAGAGAGCUGGAGGAGGAGAAACACUCUGAACAGGCUAACGAGCUGAAGAGGCAGGUCCUGGAGAGAGAAAGUGAGCUGGUUUUGCUGAAGAACGAGAUAGAUGAGCUUGGCGAGAUUAAGAGGCUGCAGAAGCAGCAGUUGUCCCGUAUCAGGGAGCUGCAGGGGGAGAUGGAGGUGACCAACAGCGGAUACACAGAGUCCAUCCAGGGACUCAGGACCCAGUUCUUCGCUGAGAAGGAGAAGUAUGAGGACCAGGCCCGGGAGAAGGUCCACACCCUGGCCCUCGCAGCCAAUAGGGAGGCCACGCAGUGCCUGGUGAGGCACACGCAGCAGGUCAGUCAGGAGAGCGGCUGGCUGCGUGUGGAGCUGCAGGAGCUGAUCACGCACGCGCAGGUGCUGCACGACCACCAGGGGGUGCUGCAGGCGCAGAGGCAGCAGCUGCAGCUGGAGCUGGACACGGCGCAGGACCUGGGGCGGCUGCACCCGGCCCACACGGCGCAGGAGCGCUGCCAGCAGGAGGAGGCCUCCCAGAGGAGCCCCCAGUGCCCCUUCACCCGCCCCGACCCCCUGGCCUUCGCCCGCGGCCUGGCAGCCACCACGCAGGGGCCUGAGCCCUGA